AUGGGCGCCGCCAAAUACCUGCAGAGUUUGUGGAGCAAGAAACAGUCGGAUGUGAUUCGCUACUUGAUUCGCAUUCGUACUUGGGAGUACCGCCAGUUGCCGGUGCUGCACCGCGCCGCGCACCCCUCACGUCCCGAGAAAGCCCACCGCCUCGGCUACAAGGCCAAGCAGGGCUACGUGGUCUACCGCGUGCGCAUUCGCCGUGGCGACAAGAAGAAGCGCGUGGCAAAGGGCAUUGUGUACGGCAAGCCCGUCCACCAAGGUGUGCACAAGCAAAAGUCCACGCAGUCGCUGCAGGCGCGCGCAGAGCGUCGUGCAGGACGCGCACUCGGCGGCCUCCGCUGUCUCAACUCCUACUGGGUCGGCCAGGACGGUAUGUACAAAUACUACGAAGUCAUAUUUGUGGACCCCAACCACACCGCCAUCCGGAACGACCCGCGUAUCAACUGGAUCUGCAAGGCCCACCAGAAGCACCGCGAAGCUCGCGGCGUCACCUCCUCCGGACGCAAGUCGCGUGGCAUGCUCCACAAGGGAGUCGGCACCUCCAAGAUCCGCCCGUCCAGACGCGCCGACUGGAAGCGCAGAAACCAGAUUGUACUCCACAGGUACAGAUAA